AAAAAACACUCACAUACAUACGUCACAAACAACGCUCUGUCAAAGUGAGAAACGAGACAAGAAAACGCAUAAUAGCUAAAAACAACUACCAAACCCAAUUCAUUUUUCAUCAUCUUCCAAUUAGGGUUUUCAAUUUCCUUCUUCUUAUUCCUCGGAUAAUCUUGUUCAAGACUCGAUUCUGAUUCAGUCACUGUGUUCGUAGUCUCUAUGUAUAAGCAUGGACUUCUAGCAAAUUAUUGCUUGAUUAGCCAAGUUGGAUGUGGGCUUAGGAGAGGCUUAUAGUCAAUCUUUAGCUUAACUACCAUUUGUUAAUUCUGAUGGAUGAUCGUGAAAAUGGAAGGCACAAAGCAGAUCAAUAUAAAUCUGCUCAGGGACAGUGGUUGAUGCAACAACAUCAGCACCAGCAUCCUUCCAUGAAGCAGAUUAUGGCAAUCAUGGCUGAACGAGAUGCUGCCAUUCAAGAAAGAAAUCUGGCCCUUUCUGAGAAAAAGGCAGCACUUGCAGAACGUGACAUAGCAUUCCUGCAGCGGGAUAAUGCAAUUGCGGAAAGAAAUAAUGCACUUAUGGAAAGAGACAAUGCAAUAGCAACCCUUCAGUUUCGAGAAAACACUUUGGCUAAUGGCGGUAUGUCAUCAUGCCCGCCAGGAUGUCAAAUUUCACGGGGCGUUAAGCAUAUACAUCAUCUGCCGCAACAGGUAAACCAUUUGCCUACUAUGGGGGAUUCUUCUUACGGCACACGUGAAUUGCCCACAUCCAAUGCCCUCCCAGAAUCACCUAUUCCUUCAGAGGUUGGGAAACCAGCUAGGCGGGCCAAACGACCAAAGGAAAGUAAGUCUGUUUCACCCAACAAGAAGACUCCAAAAACUUCUAGAAAGGUCAAGAAGGAGGGUGAAGAUUUAAACAAGACAAUGUUUGCCAAUGACAAAGCACAUGAAUGGAAGAGUAGUCAGGAAAUUAUAAACGAAAGUGAUGAUCUUAACAAGCAGUUAGCGGUCUCAAAGGCUGAUUGGAAACCCCAGGACUUGGCACUGAAUCAAGUAGCAUACGAUGAUUCAACCAUGCCAGCACCAGUGUGCUCUUGUACCGGCGUUCUGAGACAGUGCUACAAAUGGGGUAAUGGAGGUUGGCAAUCUGCUUGCUGUACAACCACUUUAUCGGUGUAUCCACUUCCAGCAGUGCCCAAUAAAAGGCAUGCACGAGUAGGCGGUAGGAAAAUGAGUGGAAGUGCUUUUAAUAAACUGCUUAGCCGGCUUGCAGCUGAAGGACAUGAUCUCUCACACCCAGUUGACCUUAAAGACCAUUGGGCCAAACAUGGUACAAAUCGAUAUAUCACAAUAAAGUAGAUCACAAGAUAUUUUUCGCUGGACAAGUAAUACACAAUCAAGGGUCAAUUAUGGAUUCUAAAGUCAAACAAGGAGGAAAGUAAGGUAAUGUAAAUUUUAUCUGUGAAAACUUAUCAUUAUAGUUGUCAUUCCUAUAAUUAGGAUGAGAGGAAAUGGCAAUGUAAAACCAUAUUUCUGUCACUUGUAACCCAUUUGAUCUGAAAAAAUGGUCUGUGGUGGUGGCAAUCUCAUGAACUAUCAUUUAAUAGGGUUGGUAAUGCAUCUUGUGGUUAAGACAAGAAUAAUUGUAGAGCCCUGUAUCUUUAGUUGAACUUUUCUAUGAAAUGAACUAUCUGAAUUCAUAAGUAGAAUUGAUACAUUUAUGUACAUUUUCUUCUGUCA